AUGACUCCUGCAGCAACAUCAGUGUCGUCGCAAUCGCAGCAGUCCACCCUGCUGCAGUCCAAGCAAAAGGCGUCUCUGCUGUUACAGAUGGCGAAUGCAGUGGAGGACUCUUCUGUACGUCAACGUCAGAAACUACACGACAACAAUAAUGUUUCUGCUGAAACUGUGAAUGAUCUUUUGUGGGAUCUACAAAACGGCGGCGACGACAAGAGCAAGUUACAGCAGCAGCAGCAGCAUCCCGUCUAUUCUUCCUCUUCCGUGAUCCAUCCCCAACAAGUCCAAUUGAUGUAUUCCGCAAUGAUUCGGUAUCGCGAAAAUGCCGAAUUACGGUACUCUCUCUUGGAAUUGCGUCAUUUGGACUUGAGCAAGUCCUUUGUGGAACUGGAAAAUCGCUAUCGACAGCUCCAAGUCGAACAAGAAGCCUGGAAACAAUCCUGCGAAGCGCUCCAACAGGCUGCUACAGAGUCGGAAAUGUCUUGUAGCAGUCGGACCAACGGCAGCUCGCGUCGCGGACGACGAAAACCAAGUCCCACACCCCCUCCCGCACAACGACAUGUCAAACCCAGUCUCUCCUUCAACUCGACCGUGCCCAUUCUACAGCAAGAGCUCAAAAUGCUGUCAUCGCAACGCAACCAGCUCUUACAGGCCAAUCUAGAAUUGCGAAAACAACUCAAACAGAUGCAAAUUCAAAUGCAGACACCCAAAGAGGGAGAAGACGUCAUGAUGGCAACCUGUCGACGCUGUCAUCCAGAGUUACUCGCGGGACGACAACAAUUUGCCACCGAUACAUUCGCCAUUUUGGUGCAAGAAUUCCAACCAUCGACCAACAACAACACCCUGGAUGGUACCACCAGUCAUCAUCGCAAUCACAAAGAAGAAGAAGAAGAAAAGGAAUUAGUAGAGGAAGAAAUGAAACAACCGAAGCCUUCUUCUAGUAAUCCAUUGCCACAAGAAUCUGAAUUUGUGCCACAACAACAGCAGCAGCAACAACAACAACAACAACAAUACAACAAUAGUCAUAGCAGCACCCUCUUUAGCACGGAUGACGAAGCCAGUUUUGAAACGCAGGAAGAUGAUGACCCCAUGGACAGCACCAUGCGACGAGAAGAAAACAAACAUCAAGACAAAAUGAACUUGUUGGGUUUGCAGCUCAGCACUCGACAAUUGGUCGUCACACGGGAUGCCACCGAUCCACGUGGGCUCUGGGGGUCGCAGCAUCACAAGUCAGCAGAGCAACCGACACUGCCGCAACCCGUCAAACAAAAGAGUAUUGUCUGGUCGCCGCAAGAACAGCAGCAUGACCAGCAUCACCAACAACAACAAUCACAAAGAAUUAAAGCCAAACCACAAAUGGUCCCCACCAUGAACAAUAUUUUACCUAUGCAACAGCAACAACAGCAGAAUCAUCCGAAAAUGACGGUACAAGACAUUCAAGUGGCGCCUAGAAAGGAAACCACUAGAAAGCUCAACAUUCCCAACACCAACAACACCAAAGAGAUACCGAUACAACCACCCGUGACGGCAAGGCAUCACAACAACCACAGUGGAAUGGAUCGGUAUGGACAAUUGGAUGAAUUUGGACGAUCCUCUUCCUAUCGAAUAGUUGGAACAAACAGUGCCAAUUCGUCCAACCAUUCAGGAACCACUGUCCCCGUGGCAAAUACCAGCACAAACACCAAUGCUGCUACCGGUACGAAUAAUAGCAAGGGAGGAAUGUCAUUGUUUCGUCGGAAAUCGGCAGCUGUCGUUCCCACCCAGCCUUUGGCAUCAACGCAAUCCCAACAACAGCAGCAACGUCGCAAUCCGCAAAGGCAUUCCAUGAUGGGACCUCCACUCUCUCCUCCUCCCAAUCCGGCAGGGAAAAUAAUGCCACCAGUAUCGUCACCGUUAGGUGCCAUCAAAACUCCAAGUCUGGCUGCUGCUGCCAAUGCUCGACACUUGGAACAUCAUUCGCGUGGUAACCAACAACAACAGACAGCCGCCGCCGCAAGACAUGCUACGUCGCACCCGCAACAGCAGCAGCAACCUCCACCGCCACAAUCAUCGUCUCUCAUUAUGAAUAUUCGGCAUUUGGAGUUUGCAGCAACUGGCAAUACCAGUACGCCACAGCAUCCUCCUCCGUCCGCCACCACAUCAACGCGUAUACAGGCGAGAACAGCGCAGGCUGCUACGACAGGGCAAGCGGGACGACGAGUGGCACAGCCUGUGCAUAAACGAUCAGCCCAGGAUGGCAAGGGCGCUCCUACCACUAACAGUGCCGGUACAGCGCAGUCUGCUUCGACAGGGCAACCGGGACGACGAGUGGCACAACCUGUGCAUAAACGACCAGUCCAGGAUGGCAAGGGCGCUCCUGCCACUAACAGUGCCGGUAUGGCAGCAAGAAACCACCAUCCAAACACCAAACGUAAUGGGGUGAAUAGACCUAAUGCUGCAGCCACGUCUGGCCGUCCGAACUUGGUGGGACCCGCAUCGAGGGGAGGGCCACUUGCUCCCAACAAUAGAGAUCAUCAUCAUCAAACGGUUGCAAACAGGCCUCACAUGCCUACGCAAAAUCAUCAUGCAGCACCUCACCACCAUGCUGCAAGGACUGCACCGGCAGGUAACAAGAGCAAUGGUGAGGAGAGAAAGGCAGAGAAGGCCUCUCGGCCGCAGUCUUAUUUUGAGAGGAUCAAGAAAACGCUGCAGCAGGAGAUCUAA